AUGACGUGGCAAUCAGGUGAAGGCCGCGGCAAAGGGCACAGGCCCUACUGGUCGAGCUCCUGGGGCGAGGACUGGUGGGAGGGUUGGUCGUGGUCGUGGUCAGACUGGUCGUCAGCCGAGACCGGUCCGCGAAGCCGCGAAGCAAAGGGAAGGCCAAGGAGUCGACUUCCCAGUGUUGCCGUGUACUUCGGCACCUUUGACCCGAUCCAUGAGAAUCAUAUCGGCCUUGCCAAGUUUGCGUUGGAAAGAGAGCUUGCGCGGCUGGUCUACUUCGUGGUGAAUGGCGACAACCCGCUGAAGCCACUGGCAGCAUCCUACGAAGAACGCCUGGCCCUGGUACAGCGGCGGCUGGAGGUGGAAGGUGAUGCCAGGAUUAGGUGCUUCCAUUUAGCCCGUGAAGAGACCCAGCGGAUGCGGUGGUCAGACCGCGACAACAUCUGCAACAAGAUCAGGGCAGAAGCAGCAGCCCAACUACAAAAUGGGCGGCUGCAAGUGGUGCAGAUGGUCGGCCAGGAUUCUUUCGAACAGGCUGUAAGCCGGAGCUCGGAUGCCAAAGCGUCCCGCAAGGGCCGUGGCAAAGGCAUUUUUGCAACAGGAAUUCACUUCCUUGUGUUUCCACGCGGUCACGGUGGCGCACAUGUACAGAUACCUCGCCACAUGAAAGAUCGUGUGGAGAUUGCGAAGGACUACGUUGACCCAGUUCUUCUUUCCUCUACGGACGUUCGUGCAUUGGCAUGCACAUCUGAAGGCUUGAGUGGCCGAGUCCAUCCUGCGUUGCAGCAACAAGUGAUGGACAUUUACACGCGCCCUCGCCAGUUCUUCUUGCUCUUCCUGGGGCCGCCGGGGUCUGGGAAGACGACCCUCGGCAGACAGUUGGAGGCAGCGCUGGGAUUUUACCACCUCUCCGGAGGAGAAGCGUAUCGUGCUGCAAGAGCCCGCGCAGCUGCGAGCACGAGGCCGGAGGCUCAGCAGCAGACCGUCGCCAAAGUGUUCGCCGCCUUAGCGCUGGCGGCGGCGCGACUGAAGCCGGCUCCGGUCUCCUUUGACGGCUUUCUUCCCAAGGACUUGCACGAUUUCGAAGAGAAGGUGGGCCAAAUUGGGCUGAUCGUGAAGCUGCAGUGCUCCUCAGAGGUGCUGCGGCAACGGAUCGGAGACCGAGGAUCUCGGCCACAUGAUGUGUCGAUCGACGCUGACAAACGCCUUGCGUCCUACGAACAGCGUUCUACGAGAGAGGAUGCUUCACUCGCCGGCCUUGAGGAUUCCGCGGGAAUCCUGUGUGAGCUGGACGCCGACGCGCCGCUGCAUGAAGUCUUGGAAGCACUGCAGGGUCUCGUUCUUCAGGCGGCAGACAAGCAUCAGAUUAAGCUCCCGGAGGUUGUCCAUGAGCAGAGGAGCCGAGUGCUCAUCGACGAUGAGUUCUGGAAUCAGAUCUUCCAGGAGAUUGAAUCUUCUCCGGCACAAGCCUACAAUCUCCGGCGGAACGCGACUUCCAUGAAGGCGCGACAGGGCUCGCGAAACCUCAAGAACUUCAACAACUUGGUCAAGGACAUCCUGAUCCAAUGGGGUAUCCGAGAGGUCUCCAGCCAUGUGAAGGGGGCUGGCCAGGACCGAGUGAUCUCAGCAUUGGACGUUGCAAGCGGCCGUGGUGGCGACCAACUCAAGUUUGUCAAGGCUUCGCAGUCGCAGGGCUGCAGGCUUUGCUACACUGCCAUUGAUGUCGCGGAGGCGCAGGUGCAGGAGGCAACCAAUAGGCUGCGACAGGGGCUGGAACGACAGAAGAAGCUGAAACAGACAUUGCUGGCCGCCCGGUUCUUCGUCGGCGAUGUCGCCCAAGUCGCACCUCAACAGCUGGGGAUGCCGACGGAAGCUGAGCCACAAUGGUUUCAUGUGGCAUCCAUCCAGUUUGCGCUGCACUACGCCUUUAGCUCCUGCGAGACGGCGCAGAGCUUCCUUCGACAUGCCGCAGGCAACCUGUGCUCCGGUGGCCUUCUUCUCAUCACGACGGUGGAUGCCAGCCAAAUGGCACGCAUCGCUGCGCAGGCUCAGGACUUGGUCUACGAAUCCGAGCUCUUGCGGGUGACCUUUCCGGAUGCCGACAUCCGCUCCGAGAUCCAGAAAGGCAUCGCCAAGUAUGGCCUUCGCUACCGCUUUGACUUGGCAGGCGAAGGCAUCGACUGCGAGGAGUUCGUGGUGCCAGAGGAGUUGCUCACCGACUUGCUCAACCAGAUUGACAUCGAAAUCAUUGCAGGCAUCCCCUUCUCUGAACUCAGCGACCCGAAGGGCGGCAACACUUCCAGAGAGGUGGCGAAGUGGAUCCUCGAAAGGCUCGGCGGAAGUGUGGAGGACAUCGCAGAUGUUUUCGGAGUCUACGACAAUCUCGGACUCAAACUAACUGUGCCCGAGCACAAGACUGUGAGCUUGUACAAGCUCUACGUCGGAAGGAAAAGGCCGCGGCCAUCCGAGGUCAGCUGUUGUCCGGGGCCGGAGGAGGUGGCGAGGUCCACAGCGCAGGCCGUCUCCAACCGAAGCUGCAUGGAAGUGCUGGACUUGAGGAGCCAUAAGUAG